AUGCGCGCCCUACUCCGUCCGCUCGCGACUCAUAAUGUCAACUUCCCGAUGGAGUCUAUAGUCUUCAUCUUCGUGCUGGCUAUACUUGCGUAUUUCAACACGCUGGACGGCGUCAAGCAUUCCAGGUUUUUGGCUCCGGCGUACCCUGCGACCCUCCGGCCUGCGCAUGCACGCCUUAGUGAUAACGAGUGGUUGGGUGUUUCUCAACGAGACUGGUAUGGCGCGUGGAAACACCCUCAGGAUGGCGUCAAGACCGUGGAACUGCAGCCAUUAGUGUUUUCAUUGAGCGACAAGAAGGGUUCUCCUGAAGCGACACUCGACCGCUCAGUGCUUUCUGACAUUGGCAAGCACCUGGCCACGGAAUUCCCAUCAGCGUCCGGCCAGACGUAUCCGUCGUUAUGUUACCGUCCAUCGUCUAACAUGUCCGCCGUACCCUGCUUCACAUCGACUUCUGAUUCCUCGUCUAUGUUGACCCUCGCAUUUCUACCUGAGUCAAGAGAGGACUGGGUGGCAGCUCUCCAACAUGAAAACGCCAUUAUUGUGGAUGGUGCUAAGUAUGUUGUUGAGAGCGUGAAGCGUGAGGAGACUAUUCGCGAGAUGAAGAGCGGCAAGUGGGUCGCAUAUGCCUUGCGCGCCCUCGUUCUACGCUUCUGGGAGUUGGCGAAGAAAGCAGAUUCUUUGGAUAUUUUUGUGGUGCUCAUGGGCUAUAUCUUGAUGCAUGCUACCUUCCUGCGUCUCUUCUUCUCCUCGCGGGCUCUUGGUUCUAACUUCUGGCUCUCCAACGCUACAUUCUCCUCGUCUUUCAUGGCCGGCCUCAUGACGCUCCCGGUCUGCCGAUAUCUCAAUAUCCCGUUGGACCCGGUGUCUCUCACCGAGGCGCUUCCAUUCCUGGUCGGCACUGUCGGCUUUGACAAGCAGCUGCGCUUUGCUCGCGCCGUGAUGGCACACCCACACACUUUCCAUACCCAAGACGACGGUCACAUGAAGCCUGCUGGCGAUGUCGUCCUCGAAGCUCUCGACAUGACCGGAAACGUCAACCUGCGAGACUACGCCCUGGAGAUUGUCAUGCUACUUGUCGGCGUGAACAGCGGCGUUGGGGGUCUGAAAGAGUUUUGCUCUGUCGCAAUCGUGGCACUGGUGAUGGACUGUCUCAUGCUCUCUACGUUCUACGCUGGGGCGCUGACCGUCAUGGUCGAGGUUCGUCGUAUCAAGAUGGUUCGUGCGAUGUGCCGCUCCCGUUCCACCUCUAUUUCUGCGCCUACCGACGGCAGUGCUAUGCGUCCCGCGCUGACCCAUACUGUAUCGAAAGCCGAAGUCCCGACGCAGAAGAGUCUUAAAGAGCGUGUCUCGGCUGCUGUUCUGGGUGUCAAGGGUUCUGUCCUGAAGGACGUGCAGGCCAGCAAGGUGUCCGUGAAAGUGGAAAAUCCUGUAGCACGACUGAAGCUGCUUCUGAUUGCCUCUUUCUUGACACUGCACAUUCUCAACUUCUGCACCACCCUUGCUCCUGCAGGCGCUCAUGCCCGCCAGAACAGGCAAUCCCUCCGGACAUCUACAGAUGUUGUACCGCUUGCCCCGCUUGUCGACAUCACGAGCCCUGCCAUCGCCAGUGUCCUGGCGAGUCUGGCUGCAUCGGAGCAAGAAGUUGUGCAGAACAACGAGUCCGUCGAUUCCGAGCUUCUCGUCAAGGUCGCCCCGCCCGUUUACGUCCGAGUCAUUCCGGCGUCUCCGUCGUCGUCCCCAAUGUCUAGCAGUGAAGCGAUCGAGGACUUCAUGUCCAGCUGGUCCCGUCUCGCGGGUGACCCCGUGAUGUCCAAGCUCUCCGUGGUCUUCCUCUUCAUCAGUGUCGGACUCAACGCGUUCCUCCUCAAGGGCAUCGCCGCCGGCUCAGGUCUUGCUGCUGUGAGGGCAAUGCGCAGCCGCGGCGUACGUUUCCGCUCGAGGGCGCGGUGCGAUCCUCAGUUAGAGAAGGCGCCGGUGUGCCCACCCGCUGCGCCUGUUGUCGUAGCUUCUGCUGUCCCGUCGACCGCGUCCAUCACCAACGCGCUCUUACCUGCCAGGGAGUCUUCAGCCAUCUUGAGUUCUCCUAUCAAUCUGGAGACUCUUGACCAGAAGCUCCAGGAGCGGAUUCUUCGUGCGCCGCUCACCCCACCUGAGGAGCCGUUGUCGCCGCUUUCCGUCCUGGAAGGUGGUCUCUCGAGGAAAGAGUCGCGUAUGGACAACCUGCGUUCGCUCGAGCAGUGCAUAGAUAUCUUUGAGAGUGGUCCCAGACCGGUUUCUGUGUCGUUGUCCAUGCUCCACGACGAAGAGAUAAUCUUGCUCGCGCAGAACGGAAAGAUCGCACCGUACGCGCUUGAAAAGAUGCUCGGCGACUUGGAGAGAGCUGUCUUGAUCCGCCGUGCACUGAUUUCUCGUGCGUCCAGGACAAAGACACUCGAGUAUUCCGACCUUCCGAUGACCAACUAUGACUAUUCACGCGUCCUGGGUGCUUGCUGUGAGAACGUCAUCGGGUACAUGCCUCUUCCUAUCGGUAUCGCGGGACCUCUUAAGGUCGACGGGGAGUUCUUCCCUAUCCCCAUGGCCACUGCGGAGGGCACAUUAGUCGCUUCCACAUCCCGUGGCUGCAAGGCACUGAACUCCGGCGGCGGCGUAACAACUGUUCUGACAUAUGACGGUAUGACCCGCGGCCCCGCCAUCGACUUCCCGUCCAUCACCGUCGCAGCGGAGGCCCGCGCAUGGAUCGAGUCCCCCGAGGGUUAUGCGCUCCUCAAGGAGUCCUUCGAGUCCACAUCACGCUUCGCCAAGCUGCAGAACAUCAAAUGCGCUAUGGCUGGCCGGACGUUGUUCGUGCGCUUCGCAACGCGCACCGGCGACGCGAUGGGCAUGAAUAUGAUCUCGAAGGCGACAGAACAAGCACUCGAGACGAUGGCGAAGGAGUUCCCGUCCAUGGUCGUGCUAGCAUUGUCCGGCAACUACUGCACGGACAAGAAGCCCGCUGCGAUUAACUGGAUCGAAGGUCGUGGCAAGAGUAUCGUUGCUGAGGCUGUCAUUCCGGGCAAGAUCGUGAAGUCGGUGUUGAAGACGACAGUCGAGGCGCUGUGCAACUUGAACACGAAGAAGAACUUGGUCGGUAGUGCGAUGGCUGGCUCCGUUGGCGGCUUCAAUGCGCACGCGGCGAAUAUAUUGACCGCGAUCUUCCUGGCAACCGGUCAGGAUCCCGCGCAGAAUGUUGAGAGCUCGAACUGCAUGACUCUCAUGGAGCCGACAAACAGCGGCGAGGACCUGCUCAUGACGGUUACUAUGCCUUGCAUCGAGGUUGGUACUAUUGGUGGCGGCACUGUCCUUGCUCCUCAGCAAGCCAUCCUCGAGAUGCUCGGCGUGAAGGGCGCACACCCAACAAACCCAGGUCAGAACGCCCAGCAGCUCGCUCGCAUCAUCGCAGCAGCGGUGAUGGCUGGUGAGCUGUCCCUCAUCAGUGCACUCGCCGCUGGCCACCUCGUGCGUGCCCACCUCGCACACAACCGCUCACAGCUCAACACUCCGGCUGUGUCCCGGCCACUCACCCCUGCUCCUUCCACGCCGAACCUCUCCGGCAGUUUCAUUUGGCCUCUCGGUCCGAAGGGCGCCAUGACUCCCGUGUCCCCCACACCAGGUCCGUACGACGUGGAGACGAAGUCAUGA